AGGAAUGUCUGGCAUGACCCUCCCUGUGCAGGUUGGGACAUUGGGCAGCUGCUGUGGCUUCAGCGUGACAGGGAACUGGUGACAAAAAGCGGCCUGAGCUCAGCUCUUGUCUCCUCAGAGCUGGGACCCUGGUGUCAUUGCCAAAGAGCGAGGGGAGGGCUCUGGUGGAGAUCUGUGUACUCAUGCACGGCAAGGGCCAGGAGGGUGGGCAGUCAGCAGCCCAGAGGGGCAUGGGGGCGAGUCUGAAUUCAGGGAGGGGCCCAGGAAAUGGACCCUUGAAGAAGUGAUGUCACUGAAGAUACGCCCAGUAGAACCUGAACUGUGACCCGGACGGAACCCAGCUCCUGGUCGCAGACCCCAGUCCUGCUCACUUGACCGGAGGCGCUCGACAGAGCAACAUGCGGUCUUGUUGUGCGGAGCCUUCUGAAGGCGUGGGAGUCAGGGAAGCCGAGAGGAAGAGUCUUCCUGCUCGCUGUGGGCGUUGGCUGAGAGACCACCUUCGCCUCUGUCUGUGUGUCCCGAGGAGCCCCGAGCGUGAACCUGAGCCAUCUGUCCAUGGGACUGAGGUCCCCAAGCGCAGGGCUCCCCGGACAGGCGUGAGGAGGAAGGGGAGAAAGCACACGGGACGAGUGGAACCAGCUCCAAACACCAGCCGGAGCGCUCCCGAGGCCACCCUCCCUCCCGAGGACGCUGACCAGCCCACCACGGGCCAGCGGCUCCCCCGGUCACAGCCGGGAAGCAUCACGGGUGAUACCCUCACGGCCUCCUCAUGUAAUGGGGGGCAUGACAAGGGGCCAGAGGAGGAUCUGAGAAAGCCUUACCCCAGCUGCAGGAUGGGACAGGCUAGGCGCCCUGCCUGGGAGCCCGAGCAUGUGCCCUGCGCCAUCGAUGCCAGCCAGCUUUCAUCCACCCUGGCGCGGGGAAUCAGGCCCGCGGUGACCCUUUCUCUGUGUCCUGCUCCAGAACCACGGCAGACGCAGCUGGCUCCAGAGACAUGGGGAGGGCCGGCUUCGUCGCCUGAGCCCGUCCAGGAGCUCCCUGAGACCCCUGUGCUGGAGCGACGGCCGGUGUCACCUGCUUCCGCCCCUGCAGAGCCGGAGGAUGUCCCAGCAGUGGCCUCAGCCCAGGGGCCAGGCCCUGAGCUGGAGCCCCAUGAGCCCUCGGGCCUGGGGCCCAGGGCACUUGCUGGAAUGGCACCAGGUGUGGCAGAGCCAGGUCCAGGUCCAGAGCCCACCGGCCCCUGUGCUGCGAGCCCCUGGGACAUCCCAGGACUGGUCUCAGGCCCCGAGCUGGAGCCCCGUGAGUCCUCGGGUGCGGGGCCCGUGUCACCUGCAGGAAUGGCACAGGGCCUGGCAGAGCCAGAGGUGGUCCUGGAGCCCACCAGCCCCUGUGCCGUGAGCACCCGGGAUUUGCCGAGGGAGAGGGUGCGGACCAUCCUGGCGUUUGCCCCACGCCUGGUGGCCGAGCAGCUGACCCUGAUGUGUGCGGAGCUGUACAGUAGGGUUGAAUGUGGUGAAUGCAAGGUCUACGUAGAGAGACAACCACUGAGGGAAGCCAUUGUGCUCCUGGCCCCCAACAUCCUUAACGUCAUCAGGCAGUUUGGUACCACGUUUCAUUGGGUCAUCUCCUCCUGCCUGAGGGCCCCGAGCAGGAUGGCCCAGGACAGGGCCCGAGUGGUGGAAUUCUGGAUCCAGGUGGCCAAGGAGUGUCUGGCUCUCAGAAAUUUCGAGUCCUUCCGUGCCAUCAUCUUCGCCCUGCAGCGCCCUCCUGUACGUCGCCUGGAGAGCACCUGGGCACAUGUUUCCUGGAAGAGCUCCUGGAUCUACAAAAAACUUAAAAAGAGGAACAAGGGGCUUAAAGGGAAGCAGCUCCUCAAGGAGGCGAGGGCCAUGUUGAGGCGAUGGCCGCCGUCCCCCAGGGCAUCCCAGGAUAUGAAGACGCAGGGCAUGAUCCCGCCGCUCGGACUGAUCCUGUACGAAGCCUUAGAGAAACAACAGGAACAUCAUGUGGACGUCACUGACUUCCUAGAGGAGAUCGUCAUAUACAGGUUCCUGGCCAGGCAGUAUGACCUGGAGCCCAAGGAGCACUUCCUGUCCUUUUUCCAGAGACUGAAGCUCCUGCGUGAGGAGCAGAGCUACGGCCUGUCCUACCACCUGGAGCCCCCAGGUCAGAGGGCAGGCAGAAAAGGACUGUUAAAGUUCUUCAGGUCCCUCAAGAUUUAAACUUACGGGCCAGGGCCAGCUGCUGUCAUCGGGCCCGCGGCCCUGCUGGUGUCCUGGCUGCAUGUGGAGGAGAGCUGCUUCCCCUCCGGGCAGGCGGCCCCUGGCGCCCCAGGACCCCCGUCUGCUUGCUGCUCCUCUUCC